UAUCAGCAGACGAUAUCCAUCACCGAUCGUCUUGGUGAACAGAGCAGCUUCCCUCUCUGGUACAUCGACACCUUGAUCAAGAAUGCCGUCGUCCGUGGCAUCAUCCCAGGUGUCCAAUUUGGCGCCAGUCUCCUGCUCCUCCUCAUCCUGGUCCUUCUAUCGAAGCACGACAAACGACGCUCGCCAGUGUUCAUCUUCAACACCGCCGCCCUGCUCUUUAACGCCAUGUACGCCUUGUUGCAAUGUUGCGUCGUGACCAGCAGUUUCUGGGACAUCUACCCUAUCCUGGUGGGCGACUACGGCGUUGUGACACCUGGAGCUCGACGUCUGACAGUAGCGGUGUCGGUGUUUGUCACGCUUGUCGCAACUUGCAUCGAGGUUUCGCUGGUACUCCAGGUUCAUGUGGUCAGUAUUACGCUGCGAACGUGGCAGAAAAUGUCUGUCCUGGUUGUCUCUGCAUUCGUGGCGGUCGUCGCUACAGGCUUUCGCAUUGCACAGUCGGCGAUCUCUGUGAGGUGCCUUUACAAGGCAGAAGAGUUCUGCAGCACCACGAGCUGGCUUGCAAAGGCGAAAGACAUCACCUUGACACUGAGCAUCUGCUUCUUCAGUGCCAUAUUUUGCGCCAAAUUGGGCUGGUCGCUUCGUGAACGUCACAAGCUGGGCAUGAAGCAGUUUGGCAGUAUGCAGGUCAUCUUCAUUGGCGGUUUCCAGACCAUGUUCAUUCCCGCAAUCAUCUCGCUCAUCCAAUUCAUCAACGCCGAGAAUGUGCACAAUAUUGGCACAAACGUUCUCACGGCCACAUGCAUCUCGCUGCCUCUGACGUCUCUCUGGGCUUCGUCU